AUGGUGAAGAAGAUGGGGGAAAGCGUGAAGUUAGAAUUUACUAGCGACGAGAGGAGCAGGAGAACAAAAUUCAAGCACAGGACGAAGAGCUUGAUGAAGAAGAUAGAACAAUUGUCGAUACUGUGCGGGAUUGAUGUGGGCGCAAUCAUAUUUGCUAACCACGCCGAUGUUGAUGCCGCGGCAGAUAAACAACUUCUUGUAUGGCCGCCCGCACCCCAGCAUCUCCACCAACUACUUACUUUAUACAAACAAAAGGCCGCCGCCGCCGCCGCCGAUGUGAACCGGGAGGAAGAGGCGGCGGAACCGAGUGAUGCUGGUGACGGUGAUACCUCCUCCAGCGUAUCCUCCCAUUCCCAGACCCAGGAGGAUACCAACACACAAAGCCUAUUGUCGUCGUCGUCACUCCAGCAGCUGAAUGAACUCGAGAUCUCAGCAGGGAAUGCCGGAGGAGGAGGAGGAGGCGGCGGUUAG